GUCUAGUAGAUUGGUGUUUUUCAGCUGAUCUGAGGUAGACUGGAUUAUCCACCGGUAAUUUUCCAAUAAAACGUUUCUAGGACGACUUUCAUGAGAUUGUUGCGUAAGUUUAAAGAUCUGCUACCGAUCUUUCAUGCCGUCAUUCUAAUCUUAAUUAAUUCGUUUUAAAUAUUUCUAAAAUAAAUUAAAAAAAAAAAAAACACUUUCUAACUUAAUUGAAACCUAUUAAAAAAUAAAAUUCUAAUCUUAAUUAAUUCGUUUUAAAUAUUUCUAAAAUAAAUUAAAAAAAAAAAAAAACACUUUCUGACUUAAUUGAAACCUAUUAAAAAAUAAUUACAACGAAACGGAAGUCAUAUAACAACCUACGAAAAAUUACUAUUUAAUUGUUAUUAUAUUCCAAAUUAUAAGAUGAAUUUAUGCUGUACAUUUGUAUACAAAUAUAUUUAUAAUGUUCUAACUCAUUUUAUGUGUUUUCAAAUAUAAAUACGUGGCAGUUGAGACCUGCUGUCCCAGUCUGUUCGCUGUGGAAAUGCAGAGAUUACCCGGCCUGCUUUCGGGGACCGCUAUGAUAAUUUUCAUCGUAAAACCUGGUAAGAUUAAUUGAAUUCAAAUCCAUUUAAACUGAGACUUUGUAUCAGAUUACCGCUAAAAUGAUCAGACUUAAUAUUUAAUCGGAUAUUUCCCCCAAUAACAGCGCACCUUUGUGCUGUGCCAACCUUAGGACACAAAACCUGUAUAAUCUUUCUGUGAAGGAUUUUAAAAGUUAUUCAUGACGUCAUUUUCCGUCAAGAGCUUUCUGACGCGAAACAGAGUUUUUUGGUUAAGUCCCAUUGUUACUUUUAAAUGUUUACCUGCAAAAACGAAUUGAAUAAUUUCCAUUGAACACACUUAUAUCCAUUACGAAAUAUUCAAUUAACCUUCUCGGCAGUUAAAUCCCUAUUAAGACUCGUGUUUCAUUUUAUAACAAAUGUAAUGGGUCUUCUUAUUGAAUAAAUUCUCCAAAAGUAAAUGAAUUUCUAGUCAAGCGUACUUGUUGAAGAUGCCAUGCGUCUUUUUCAAAUGGCAGCAAGUUUUAUAUAACGGACAUUGCAUUUGGGAAAAAAGAAAACUGUGUCUGAAACAAAAAUUAUUAUUAUUAUUUUUUUUUUUUUUACAGGAUAUGCCAGAACAUGGUUCCCAUUCUCUAAACAAGCUUUCUUGGAUCCUAUUGAAUACAGCCUGGGGAAAAAAAGCUGUAGCGACGGCUACGUCCAUGGCAUUGACCAUUUUAUUCUUACUGGUUUCCUCAACGUGACCGGGUUUAUUCUUCCGAAAGUCCCUGCUUAUUUCAGCGUUUGGUUCUUCUAUCGCGGGGGCUGGAUUCCGGUAGGCAAAGUUGUAAGCUUUCUCAUUUAUUUGACAAUAUUCCUUAAUAUGUCACUACAUUUAUAGAAAUCUGCUGGAGUUUUAAAAAUAAAUGACCCCGUGGUUUGAGUUCCGUUUGUCGCUGGUUGUCAUUCUAUUUUGGGCAAGGCACAACAAACGGGGCACGGGCUGGUUCGUAUCCUCCAUCCAUAUUCAUCCUUUGUUGGUCCACACAGUUGCCGGAAAACUUUUCUCUCCAGUGCGUUUAAUUGGGGUUUUUCCGUUUUUUGGGGGGGGGGGGGUCCAAGUUUUAACUGCGUACGUUACACCUGGUCUCAGUACAGUUUUAGAAAUUUUUGUUGUUUUUUUUUGGUUUAGUUUUCUUCUUUUUUUUUAACUUAUGAGUAUUUUCUUAUUACUGAACUAUGCCAUUUAUUUGGGGUUUUUCCGUUUUUUGGGGGGGGGGGGGUCCAAGUUUUAACUGCGUACGUUACACCUGGUCUCAGUACAGUUUUAGAAAUUUUUGUUGUUUUUUUUUGGUUUAGUUUUCUUCUUAUGUUUUAACUUAUGAGUAUUUUCUGACUACUGAACUAUGCCAUGUUGCCGGCUGAUAUUCUUUAUUUACUUCUGUUAGUAAUGUCUUUCUUUUAUGUUAUACUUUACAUUUUUCAAAAAGUUUCAUUUCUAAUUUCAAAUUUUUCAUCGGUCUAUUCUUCUCUUAUCAUUCAAAGUUUUAAAAAUAAUAGUGUAUAAAUUGAUAAAUUAGCACUGUUAACACAUGAUAAUGUUAAAUGAUGAUUGGUUGUUAAAAAAAACAAAAAACAACGAAUUAAUGUCAGUGCAUGACAGAGCCCCGGUAGAAGGGCGCCAACGUUGGUUCCAUUUUCAGGAGUUGCCAUAGAAGGGCACCAACGUUGGUUCCAUUUUCAGGAGUUGCCAUAGAAGGGCGCCAACGUUGGUUCCAUUUUCAGGAGUUGCCAUAGAAGGGCGCCAACGUUGGUUCCAUUUUCAGGAGUUGCCAUUAAAUAUAUUUUAUUUUAGGUUCGACAUCUUGAACGUGGUCAACAGUUAGUACAAUUUUAACAAUACACUUUCAACAGUACAGUCAGUACAAUGUGACAAUACACUGUCAACAGUUAGUACAAAAGUAAGAACACAAUGAAUGCAAGAGAGCAUUGGACUUAUGUCAAAUAGAUCGAUUUGGAAGCUGUAUUUCAAUAGCCUAACAACUCAUUAGCAAUCUGUACAAACAGACAAGCAAUGUGUAUAUUCAUUUUGUCAUAUUAUUAUAAAUACAUUCUACAGAAGUUUAAAAACACACAACUAAUAAUUCAACUAAAUAAUUGAGAUUGUGAGUAUUUAUACUAUGAUCAAAUUCUUUUAGCAUUACCCUUACAGACGGGGUGAACAUUUGAGGGGUCGGGGGGGGGGGAAAUAAAGCAUUCUUUUUUCCGUCGGGGUCGAAAAAAAAGGAAGAGAGAGAGAGAGAGAGGGGGAGAGAGAGGGAGGGAGAGAGAGAGGGAGAGAGAGAGGGAGAGGGAGAGAGAGAGGGGGGAGAGAGAGAGGGAGAGAGGGAGAGAGAGUGGGAGAGAGAGAGAGAGAGAGGGAGAGAGAGGGAGAGAGAGACGUGCGCGAAGCUUAAGAGGUCAUACAGGGCACCCACAUGGCUUAUAGUUUUGGCUCUGAACUGUAUGAUAUCCGAAAUUGACCAUGUGUUUUUAAACCAUGCAUUUUCUUGAUUCAGAUUUGGUCUACCUACUUUGAUCUGUGGGAGGAAACAUGCCAUUAUAUUAUAUACG